CUAGAGCUAAGAAUGAUAGCAGCUGGGAAAUUUGCAAGUCUACCAAGAAACAUGCAGAUGAAUCAUGAGUUCUCGCUGGCUUCUUCUAUGGAUCUUCUAAGCAGCAAACCAUCUCUGGUUGAACAUCACUCCAAUACUUGUCAAGAUGUUUCUAUCCAUGGCACCCUUCCACGGAAGAAAAAGGGGGCCGUUCCUGCUAGAUCCUGUGAUGUCUUUAGCCAUGUAGGAACCUUGCCUUACUCUAAAGGACAUCGACCUCUGGGGCCCUUCAUUCAAGAUAUCAUAGAGGAAUAUCCCCUGCAAAACUGGAAGAAUGACAGCUUCCACCACAGAAAGCAGACUGCUGUGGACCCAGCUAUGGAGUAUGUCAAGUUUUCAAAGGAGAAGCAUAUAAUGGACAGUGCCCCGAAAAAGCUGAAGAAAGAACUGGAAGAGGAGCUGCAGCUGAGCAGUGAAGAGUUGUGCAGCCACGCCUGGUACCACGGACGGAUUCCACGGCAGUUGGCUGAAAGCCUCAUUCAGAGAGAUGGAGAUUUCUUAAUUCGGGACUCCCUCUCCAGUCCUGGGAACUUUGUCCUUACCUGCCAGUGGAAAAACAUCUCUCAGCAUUUCAAGAUCAAUAAAACCAUCCUGAGACUCAAUGAAGCUUAUUGCCGUGUUCAGUACCAGCUUGAAGAUGAAAGUUUUGACAGCAUCCCUGGCCUGGUGCGGUGUUAUGUGGGAAACCGCCGGCCAAUAUCAAAGCAGAGUGGAGCAAUUAUAUUUCAGCCCAUCAACAGGACUGUUCCACUGAGGUAUCUGGAGGAAAAAUAUGGUGUAUCUCCAGUGCGGCAAAGAGAGAGCAGCACUCUUGAAGGAAAAGUGGAACUCCCCAAGAGACUCAGCCUUAAUAUGUGCAACCGACAAGCACAGGAACAGAAUUCCAUCCGAGGAAAUCUUUUAAGGAACAAGGAGAAGAGUGGUAGCCAUCCAGCAUGCUUGGACCAUGUGCAAGAGAAAAGAUUCCCUCUAAAGGCCCACCAGUCAGAAAGCUAUCUGCCAAUAGGUUCAAGGUAUCCAGCUCAGGGUCCUGAAGCUGAAUUAAGUCCUUGCCCAAAGUCUCCAGCAUACAGAACUGGCAGUGAGCCUGCCCUGAGUCCAUUGAUGUUUCGCAGAUUUGCCUCUGAGUUACAAAUCAGUGAUGCUCUUAGAAGUUCAGACAGCCAGCUGUACCCUCGGCCUCCACCCAAGCCCAGCAAAGCACCCUUUCUGAGGCCCCUACACUCUUCAGAGGUGCUCUAUUGUGAACUUAAUGCGGCUGUUCCCACAGACUGCAGUGUGACAAAGCAACCUUUAUGUCAGAAGAACAGCUUUGUAGAGCAUCUGACAGCUAAGGAGAAUGGAAUGUGUUCAUCCAGAAAUUCGGAAACAAGCUACUUGAUCCUCGGUGAUAAUGAUUCUUUGAGCUCUGUGGAUCCGCUAACAACUCAGACUGAAAUGGGCAAAGAGAGCAGCGUGUUUGUCACACCCAUUCUUGAGACAGUCUCCAGCUUCAGACCAAAUGCUUUCCAAUCCAAACUCCUUCCCUCAGAAAACAAACCCCUGGAAGUGGCCAUGUUAAAAAGGGUGAAGGAACUGUUAACGAACAACGAUGCAAAGACUGUUGCUCUGCAUAUACUAAAAAUGGACUGCAAGGUUGCUAGGAUACUAGAGGUCUCUGAAGAGAUGAGGAGAAGCAUGGGGGUAAAUUCAGGCUUGGAACUGAUUACAUUGCCAUUUGGCCACCAACUGCGCCUGGACAUAAUUGAAAGACACAAUACCAUGGCAAUAGGAAUUGCAGUGGAUAUCCUAGGCUGCACAGGAAACUUAGAAGAGCGAGUUGCAACCUUAAAUCGGAUUAUCCAGGUAGCUGUGGAACUCAAGGACUCCAUGGGGGAUCUGUAUGCCUUCUCAGCUGUGAUGAAAGCCCUGGAAAUGCCUCAGGUGACCAGGUUGGAGCAGACGUGGACCACUUUGAGGCACUGCUACACCCAGACAGCCAUCUUGUAUGAGAAACAGCUGAAGCCAUUCAGCAAAGCCUUACAUGAAGGAAGAGAGACAACCUGUAUUCCACAAAACAUCAUUACUGUACCCCUACUGAUGCCUCUGGUUACUCUGCUGGAACGCCAAGUAGUUGUGUUUGAUGGGAUGGAUGUUUGGGAGAACACUGACCAAAGCUGUGAAAUCAUGCUGAAGCAUUUAGCAACUGCUCGCUCAAUAGCACAAAAUGCUGACCUGAACAGCACAAAUGCAGAACGGAUCCUGCACGGUUUUCAGCCAGAUGAUGAGAUGAGUGAAAUCUUCAAAACAGAAUUCCAAAUGAGAUUGCUGUGGGGCAGCAAAGGAGCACAGGUUAACCAAAGUGAAAGAUACGAGAAAUUCAACCAGAUAUUAACUGCACUCUCCCGAAAAUUAGAACCUCCUCUAACAAAACACACUGAGCAGUGAAGUAUCUAACAGACUUUCCAUUACA